UCGGCCACGCCCCCCCGGUUCGCAGGCGCGGCGCUCCUGCUUCUGGAGGCAGAGCCGUCGGAAGCGCUUCUCUUCGGCCAUGCUGCUGCUGCUCCUGCCGCUGCUGCUGCUCCUCCCUUCGGCGUGGCCCUUCCUCCCGUCCUUUCGGGGCCAGGUGCUGGAGAACCGUCCCUCGGGGACGCGGGUGUCCGGGCUGAGCCUGCCCUUGACGCGGCUGUCGCGGGGGCCCUGGUGCGCGGAGGUUCGCGGCCGGCGGCGCUGGAGGAUGGAGCUGCUGGGCGAAGGGCGGGCGCACUUCCGAGCCGCGCUGCACGCGAGGAGCGGGCGCGUCUGGCUCCGCACCUCGAGGCCGCUGGACCGGGAGAAGCGCGCCGUGUACGCCUUGCGCCUGGCGCUCUGCUGCAGGCCCUGUCCCGAAGAGGAGGAGCCCGCGGCGGAGUUGGCCGCGCUGGAAAUCACCGUCUUGGACGCCAACGACCACGCGCCCCGCUUCCCGCAGAGCGAGCCGCGGGAGCUGCGCGUGGCGGAGACGCUGGCGCUGCGGGCGGAGGUGUGGCGCGCCCGGGCGGAGGACGCGGACGCCGGGCCCAACGCCGAGCUGCGCUACUUCGCCCGCCCGCCCAGCGCCCACUUCUUCGUGGUGCCCCGCAGCGGGAGGGUGGUCUUGGUCCGCUCCCUGCUCCGCCGACGCGCCGCCAUCCCGCUCCGGCUCUUCGCCCGGGACCGCGGACGCCCCGCGCGACUCAGCGCCCCGCUCGAGCUCCGCGUCCUCCCGCAGCCCGUGCCCAGGCCUCCCACGCCCCUCCGCCCGCGACGCAGCCCCGCCACGCCGCCCCUGGCCUUCUCCUUACCCGAGGACGCGCCGCCCGGACUCCUCCUCGCCUCGCUGCGCCCGCGCUUCCCCCACGGAGCCCGCUUCCAGCUCGUGGGCCCCGAGGGAGCGCCUCUCCGCGUGGGGACGGACUCCGGGGAAGUCACCUUGGAGCGGGCCUUGGACCGGGAGGCCCGAGCCCGAUGGGACAUCGCCUGCCGCGUCCAGGAGAAGACAGGAACGGAUUGGUACCUCGUGCACUUAGAACUUACAGUGACAGACGUCAAUGAUAAUGUUCCUGAAUGGGCCAUGCAACCAUUUCCCUACUUGGCCAUAGUUUCACCAAAUGCCUCGACAGGCAGCAAAGUGUACAAGCUCUUGGCUGAAGAUCAAGAUGAAGAAGAAAAUGGGGCUGUUGAGUAUUUUCUUGUGGGAGGUGGUGAUGACAGAUUUGAGGUGGAAAGGGACACUGGUUGGAUCAAAACCACAGGUUUGUCAUUGGAAAAGGAGAGGGAAUAUGUAUUGACUGUCAUGGCGGCUGAUAAACCUGGCCGCCAAGGCUCUCCUGCCUAUAUUUCUGUGUUUGCUGGCCGUCGACCCCCACAGUUUUCCAACACGUCGUAUGCUGCUUACAUUCCUGAAAAUACUCCACCAGAAGAAUCGUUUUUGAUGCUGUCUGCUUUGUCACACCAAAACGAGUCACUGAGUUAUAGCCUUGUAACUAAUCCAAAUGGGCUUUUCGGAAUCAAUGAAGUAACAGGGAAUUUGUACCUCAGUCGAAAUAUGGAUUAUGAGAGCGAUCAGCAUCAGUACCUCCUUGUGGUCCAAGCAACAGAAAAUCCAGGGCAGCUGACCAGUACGGUUGAGGUUUGGGUUGUAAUCACAGAUGUGAAUGAUUGCGCCCCAGAAUUCCAGCAGUCAAUUUAUACCAAAGACAAUGUUCCUGAAACAGUGAUGGUAACAACGGCACUUUUGCAAGUGUCAGCCAGCGACUGUGAUUCUGAAGAAAAUGCAGAAAUUCUGUACUACUCGCUGAGCCCUGACUUCAGUAUUUCUGAUUAUGGGGCCAUCUUCCCGGCAACGCAGUUAGACUAUGAGCGUCCCAAUCACCUCUAUGAGUUUAUCAUUAUGGCUGUUGAUAAAGGAGACCCUCCGAGGACCGGAACGGCAACAGUCAGGAUCCGUAUCUCAAACAUCAACGAUGAAGUGCCCAAGUUUUCACAACCUGUAUACCGGAGUUUCGUUUCAGAGGAUGCGGGUCCUAACACACUGAUAGCAACAGUUCAUGCCAUAGACCCUGAUGGAGACGGUGUUUCUUACAGCAUUACUGGAGGGAAUCAAAUGGGGAAUUUUAUUAUUGACCCUCAGAAAGGCUUAAUACGCCUUCGCUCAAACCCACCUCCCAAACUGCAAGGACAAGAAUAUGUUCUCAACGUUACAGCUACAGAUGACAAUACUUCUGAUGGACCUAGUUCUCUUUCAAGCACUGCUCUAGUUGUUGUACAUGUUGAUGAUGUCAAUAAUAACAAACCUAUAUUUCAGAAGUGUCAGCAUUAUCGAGAACAUGCGUCGGUGUUGGAGAAUCAGCCAGUGGGAACAUUUGUGUUGCGAGUCGAAGCCACAGAUGCCGACGAAGGAACCAAUGGGGAAGUCAAGUAUGGCUUGAUGCACAGAGACGGUGCUCUUCCCAUGUUUAACAUUGAUCCUGACACAGGUGUCUUGACAACACUUCAGAUAUUUGACCGAGAAAAACAGAGAGAGCAUCCAAUCACGGUGACAGCGACAGACCAGGCAGCAGAGCCUCUCAUUGGGAUCUGCCAGAUCACUGUGGUCAUCUUGGACGUCAAUGAUAACAACCCCAGAUUUGAAAAUAGCCACUAUGAAUAUUUCUUAAGAGAAGACACAGACGUGGGGACAAGCUUUCUUCGUGUUGCGGCCCAUGAUGACGACUAUGGCUCUAAUGCGUCCAUUACGUAUUCUAUAGCCAAGGGAAAACCAAAAUAUUUUGAGAUCAAUCCUACCACAGGCUGGGUUUAUGCCACUCAACCUCUGUUGCAGAAAUCAUUCAUAACUCAAGAGAUUAUCGCAAUGGAUGGAGGGAACAGGAGCAGCAAGGCAGAGCUCAGAGUGACUGUCACCAGUGCAAAAAACCAGCCUCCUCGGUGGGAACGGGACACUUAUCAAGUCAUUAUUCCAGAAAGCACAACAAGAGAUACAUCCAUUCUGACCAUUAAAGCGACAUCCCCCCUUGGAGACCCACGGAUCACGUAUAAUCUCGAAGAAGGGCUCGUUCCAGAGACCAACAUGCCAAUACGAUUCUACUUGACGCCAAACAGAGACGACGGUUCUGCAUCUCUCCUCAUAGCUGAACCUUUGGAUUAUGAAACCACAAAGCAUUUCUUGUUAAGGAUUCGAGCCCAGAAUGUUGCUGCAGUGCCACUCGCUUCAUUUGCCACUGUCUAUAUUAAUGUGACAGAUGUCAACGACAAUGUCCCUUUCUUCACCUCGUCAAUUUAUGAAGCUUCAGUGACUGAAGGAGCAGACGUUGGAACAAUGGUUUUUCAAGUUUCUGCCACCGACCUGGACCUUGGCCAGAAUGGUGAAAUCACUUAUUCUCUGCUACCCGAUCGCAGUGAAGACUAUACGUUUUUCCAUUUGGAUUCUAAAACAGGCUCAAUCUAUACUGCCUCUGUGUUUGAUAGGGAAAAGAAAGCAUCUUAUCUUUUGGAAGUGAAGUCAACAGAUGGCUCAGAAUCGUCUCGUCCAGGAAAACACGGGCAGCCAAAUUCUGACACGGCCUACGUGCGAGUUUUUAUUAGUGAUGUGAAUGACAACAAGCCUUCCUUUACCAAGAAUGUCUAUGAAGUCAAUGUGGAUGAAGACCAAGAUGUUGGAUCGACUGUCAUUACCGUCAGUGCUAAUGAUGAAGACGAAGGGACAAAUGCAAAGCUAAGGUACCAAAUUACAGCUGGAAAUACUGGAGGAGUUUUUGAUGUUGAACCAGAAAUGGGAGCCAUCUUCAUUGCACGGCCAUUGGAUUAUGAAGAAACCCAGCUGUAUGAACUUCAUUUGCUGGCCUCUGAUGGGAAAUGGGAGGAUUAUGCUAUUGUUAUCAUUAACAUUGUGAAUAAAAACGAUGAAGCUCCUGUUUUUGCUCUCAAUGAAUAUUAUGGAAGUGUGAUUGAGGAACUGGAUGGACUUCCAGUCUUUGUUCUUCAGGUUGUAGCAAAUGAUCCUGAUAGCGCCCUGGAUGGUGGUGAUAUAAGAUACUCCUUACAUGGCCUUGGUGCAGAUGAUGUAUUUGCAAUAGAUGAGAACACUGGCAGCAUUUAUUCCCAGAAGAUACUAGACAGAGAAGAGCGAGCCCUUUGGAGAUUUGUUGUGUUGGCCACGGAUGAAGGAGGAGAAGGACUUACUGGAUUUGCAGAUGUGAUUAUAAACAUCUGGGAUAUAAAUGACAACGCUCCAGUGUUCCCCUGUAUGCCCAGCAACUGUAAUGGGACUGUCUUUGAAAAUUCUCCUGAAGACACGUUCAUCAUGGAAAUGACAGCGGUAGACUUGGAUGACACAAAUGUCGGUCUGAAUGCUAUUUUGACCUAUCGAAUAGUUGAGAAUGUAAAAAAUGACUUUGAUAUGGACGUGUUCAAAAUAAAUCCCAGCACCGGCAACAUCUAUGUAACAGGAGGGAUGUUGGACAGAGAAACAGCAGACAAGUAUUUCCUUACGAUUGAAGCAAAAGAUGGAGGAGGACUGACGGGAACAGGUACUGCCACCAUCUGGGUCGCGGAUGUGAAUGAUCAUAUCCCUAGUUUCACCCAGGAGAUUUGGCACGUUGUUAUUCCUGAAGCUAGUACUGUCAACUCAGAGGUUCUAGAAAUAUCAGCAGUGGAUGGAGACAGUGGGGAAAAUGCACUUUUAACUUUCAGCAUUAUUGGUGGAGACCCUGAUGAAAGGUUUUACAUUGAAAAUCAUAAAGAAGACCAACGUGCUUCUCUUCGGCUGAAGAAGACCCUGGAUUAUGAGGAGAUCCAGGAAAGGUGGUUUAACCUGACCAUCAAAGUUGAAGACCUGGAUUUUUCUAGCAUUGCCUUCUGUUUGAUUGAAGUGGAAGACUGUAAUGACCACACUCCUGUUUUUAAUUCUCAGUUGGUUCAGCUCAGCCCUUUCUAUGAAAACAUACCAGUGGGUACCACCAUCAUCACGGUGACGGCCACAGAUGAGGAUUCCAAUUUGAAUGGCGCUAUUGAGUAUUCUAUCCAGUUGGAUUCAGAUCCCACUGGACAGUUUGCAGUUGAUCAAGAUGGUCAUGUCACUGUAUCAAAAUCCUUGGAUAGGGAAGCCACUCAGGCAUACGGCUUAAUUGUACAGGCUUCUGAUCAAGGCGUUCCUGCCCAAACUGGAAGUGUUACAAUAUUGAUUGACUUGCUAGAUAUCAAUGAUAAUGGCCCAAGGUUUGAGGCAUCGUACAUGCCUGUGGUCUGGGAAAAUACACCUGGACCUCAGCUAGUUGAUAUGAACACCACAUCUAAUUUAAUUUGGGCUUUUGAUCCCGACAGCGAUGAAAAUGGACCACCCUUUAUAUUUUCCUUGCCACCAGAUUAUCAGAACCUGUUGGAUUUCUCUCUUACUGACAAUGGAAAUAAUACAGCAACAAUUACUGCUCUGCGGUCAUUUGACAGAGAGAAGCAGAAAAUGUUCCAUAUACCCAUUGUUAUAGCUGAUAGUGGGAGUCCGCCCAUGAGCUCUACAAAUGUCUUGGCUAUAACUAUUGGAGACGAAAACGAUAACAGCCACAAACCUGGCCAUAAGAUAAUCUAUGUUUAUACACACCGAGGAAAAUGGUCAACAAUAGUGCUUGGGGAAGUGUUUGCACCCGAUCAGGAUGACUGGGACAAUAAGACAUUUGUCCCUGAAGAAAAAAUGCACAAAUCUUUCAGAUUGAAUCAAAGGACUGGGUCUCUGAUCAUGAUGGAUAAUGCCCCUCAGGGAACAUAUGAUUUGAAAAUCCGAGUGUCAGAUGGAAUUUGGCCAGAUGUUGUAGCAACUGUUCAGAUACACGUCAGAGAGAUAGAAAAUGAAGCCAUUCGGAACUCAGCAACGCUACGCCUGGCAGACAUGACCGCAGAAGAAUUCAUAAGAAAAGACAAGCUGGAAGAAAGCAGGCAUGACAAGUUCAUAGACCUUGUGGCAGGAAUCUUUUCAGUCCGCCCAGAGGAUGUUGCUGUUUUCAGUGUGUCAAAUGUCGACGGGAGGCAAACAGAUCUGAGAUUUGCAGUCCAGAAUGGUUCAUUCUAUUGUCGGCCAGAAAAACUGCAAGGGCAGAUGGCUGCCUUUAAAAACAAGAUCCAGUUGGCUUUAGGAGUAAAUAUUUCUCAGAUUGAUGUGGACGAAUGCCAGAGGACAGACUGCAGCGGAAGCAGCGGCUGCACAAACUACAUCACAGUGAGCGACGUCCCUUCAGUGACAGACGCAGGAAGUGUGUCUCUGGUCUCUGUAUCCACCAGCGUCAGUGCCAUCUGCAUCUGUGCGGCCAGAGAGAGGGUCCAUCGGUCAUGCAAUUCUUACUCUCACAGCCCCUGUUUCAAUGGAGGGACAUGCAUUGACAUGCUCAGCGGUUACAGAUGUCAAUGUUCUGCUUCAUUUCAUGGACCAGAUUGCCAGCAGACAAAGCGCAGCUUCCAUGGGAAUAGCUUUGCGUGGUUCCAUCCCAUCAGGCCUUGUUUUGAGAGUUCCUUGUCCCUUGAGUUCAUCACGGAUGUUCCAGAUGGACUUUUGCUGUACAAUGGUCCGUUGUCAGAUUUGGGUUUUGGGAACUCAGAAAACUUCAUUGCAAUAGAACUUUUGGAUGGCAUUCCUGUGCUGAAAGUAGACCAUGGUUUGGGCACCACAGAAUUGCGUUUGCCUAGUUAUGUGAACGUUACAGACAAAAAGUGGCAUCGGCUGGAAGUGAGGAGUGGCAGGCAGGAUGUGCGAUUCAGUCUGGAUCACUGUAGAACUGCAGUUGUGUCAGAGAUGGAAGGAGUAGGAAAAUGGCUAUCUACGGAAGACCGAACAAACUGUGAAGUGGUGGCCUUUGUUCCACAAGCAAGGAGGUACUUGAACAUGAAUCAGGUUCUUCAGUUGGGUGGAGUAAAGGAAUCGGUUCCAUAUUCAUACCCUCAGUUACAACAGAAACAUUUUAAUGGAUGCAUUCGCAAUCUUAUUUUGGACACUCAGCUGUAUGACCUUGAAUCUCCUGCAGAGUCUUUGAAUAGCUCUCCUGGUUGCACCUUGACAGAUGGAGGUUGUGAGAAGAGGGGCUCCUCUCCUUGUGGCCCGCAUGGGAGAUGUCAUGGCGAGUGGGGCUCAUUCACUUGUCACUGCUUGCCAGGUUACUAUGGAUCUAAAUGUGACAAAGUUGCCGAAGAAUACUCUUUUGGGCCAGGAAGUCACAUUCGUUACCAGCUUCCUUUCAGCGCACCUUCUCGCAGAACACUAGUCGAGGCCAUGAUGAGGAUGCGAGAGCCCAACGGUAUUAUCAUGAGCAUGUCUUCCCGGAGCAAGGAUGAACACAUCACCCUCCAGGUGGUCCUUGGCUUAUUAACAGUGUCUUACAACCUGGGUGACGGAGCAUUUGUCACUAGCCUUCCUUCCUAUCAAGUUGAUAAUGGAGAAUGGCAUCAAAUUUCCCUGGAGAGAAAUGAAAAUGAGUUCAUUCUUCGCUUGGAUGGAGGAGGCGGGAAGAGAGAAAUCCUGAAGGCAGCGGGAGUCUACAAAGAGAUCAUCCUUGAUCCCAACAGUUUGGUCAUUGGCAAUACACACUCUGUCAAUCAGAGCCACGGUUUCCAAGGAUGCAUGAAGGAUGUCAGAUUCAAUAACUACAGGCUACCUCUAGAUCCUUCCCUCAAGGAGCUGGUAUUGAGUGCCCAAGGAGUGAAAAAAGGCUGCCUCUCUGAAGCCUGCAAAAGCAAUCCGUGCAGCCAGCAGUUUAUCUGCAUUGACCUGUGGAUGGUGCAUGAGUGCAGUUGCCCUGCAGGACACAUGUUGGUGGAGAAUGCCACCGGCCGGCACUGCGUCUACACGGCCUGCGCUCAACGGCCAUGUAACUUUGGCACAUGUGUCUCUCAGUCUGCAAGCAAGUUCCGAUGCCACUGUCCCGACGGCUACUCAGGGCGUAACUGUGAGAUCACCCUGGCCAUCUUUCACAAGGAUGCUGGGCUGAGCUUCAGUUCCAUGUUUGCCAUCUGUAUUUGCUUCCUGGCUCUUCUAGUUCUGUUUAGUGGCCUUUUCCUGUGGACUCGGUGGAAAAGCCACAAAAACAAGAACGGGGGUGUUUACCAUGCCACCACCUGCCAUGAUGACUUGGAGGACAUCCGAGAGAACAUUCUCAACUACAAUGAAGAAGGCGGUGGGGAGCAAGACCAAGAUGCCUACAACAUGGCAGAGCUUCAGAUGUCCCUCCAAACCAGCCCAGCCUAUUCUCUCUACAAGAAGAAAGGGAAACGGACUGAGCUACAGAGUCCUUUGAGCUGUGAGCUCCACGUCUCUUCCCCAAAGGAACGGCCGGAAGAAUCUCUCUCGGCAGCAAAGGGUCCCUCCUUUUCAAGCACGGAUUUUGGAUGUUACCUGUCUGGCGUGGUAAGAAACAUGGACCAGCAGCACCAUGCUUUGCCUUGUGAUUCAUUGCAGGUGUUUUACACGGAAGGAGAGUGUUCAGAAGCUAGCAGCCUGAGUUCUCUUGGGUCCUGUGGAUGGGAUGAAGACACAGUAUAUGGGGAUAUAAACGAAUGGGGCCCCAAAUUUGAAAAACUCAGCAAACUCUAUUCGCAUGCAGAGCCGGAUGACAUUUAGACCUAUCAAAUGCUAGAAGGACUCUUGGCAAUUUGGGGGUUGGGUGGGGUAAAUGUACUUUUGAUAAAGUUGACCCUUCCUUGUGAAAUAUAUUAGAAGCAGAAUUGAGAAAUCUGGGGUUGGACCCAGAAAAGCAGUAGUCCUAAAUCCAGGGGACUGGGUGAGGGAUUGAAUACUAGAGUGCUUUGGAGACGUUUGCCAUUUGAAGGCUAAAAAAUGAGGAAUGAAAGAGAACUGAAGCCAGCCUAACAACUCCUGGAGAAAGAUUGUAAAGAAUUCACUGCUUCUAAGAAUGGAUGCCUUUUCUGUAAGACUCCUUCUGUGUGAAAACUUCGAACAAAUGUGGAAGUUGUUCAUCACUUUGCAAGGAUUUUUAAUCAUGGCUUGUGUCUUCUGAGCUGCUCCUGCAAUAAGUUGAGAAAAACAACGACCCAAGUUGUAUACAAUUGUGGUAAAAUAGUAUCCCGGAUUGGAACUAAACAUUUCUUCAUAUUGGAAGGCCACUCCUGCAAAGUUUUGGAUUCCAGCACUUUGAUUUUUGUGGGGUGGCUGAGUGGGCAUCUUUUAAUGGUCAGUGUUGCUGUUUACAUUAUGUUAUGCAUACUUAGGAGAGGUGCUUAAAAACAAACAAACCCAAGUGAAUAGCUGAGAUGCAUAUCAUGGCACCAGUAAGUGUGUCUGGAUGUGCAUUGGGCUCUGCCAAUGGACAAUUCCUAUCUCGUGCCCAAUGGGCAUUAGUCUUGUUGUCCCAUUACACAUUGGCCACUUCACUGGCAUUGAAUGUCACGGCAGCCAAUUGCUGAAAACGUACAUUGCGAAAGCUCUCCAUUCUUUUCCUACUAAGGAAGAUGUAAGUCUCUGACAGAAUUCUGGCCAAUGUUCAUAGUAACCUGGGGCUGAUUAAAAUCCUUUCAUCCAUGUGGAAGGCAAGCAUAAAAUUGUAGUUGGGGAACCACCCACUGACUCAGCUUCUUGAUAUUUUAAAAAGAUGAAUUGCAUCAUUUUGCUGUUGGAAAAGGGCAGAAAUUACUCCCGAGAGUGGCUUUCUGUGAUUUCUCAAAUCCCAACAGUCUGAAAUAUUUGGGUUUAUUUUGUGUAACAGGAGGUUGCAUAUGUGGCAAAUACCAGUAUUGCAAAACACAAACUGUGUGUGUGUGUCUGUGUGUAUUUGGAGUAUUUGUACCCCUCUGUUCAGGCAAAAAGGCUUCCAAAUCCAUGAACCAGGAGGUUUGAACUCCCAGUCUCUGAAUCCAGAAACAGACUUCUAGACCACUGGGCCAUCCAGCAGCCAAACCUUGUGCUAGACUCCUUUUUGAUUAUCUCUUAAACCUCUGUCCCUAUCCUUGGAAUGGGACACUUCACUUUCAGUUACAUAAUCAGAGAAUCCUCGUUUGCUCUCAGGCAGAAGUGCAUUACAUAAGCCAGAGUGGUGUAGAGGUUCACCAUUAACAAGAGCAUUUUGUUAAAAUUUGCAGCAUCCUGGAAGUAAGUUACAUAAAGAUACUUGUUUGGUUGGGUCACUGGAUGUGUCACAAUGGAAUGGUAGAAUGGAUUGUAACGCUCGGGACAUGGACCUGGGUUGUAUUUUAAUGGUUCCCACAUAAGGGGACAAUUAAAAUACAACCCAGGAUACAAAUACAAUUGAAGAAGGUGGAUAUCUGGUCUUUGUUAUGGUAUUUUCUUUUAUGAAACUAUUUGCAUGCAGGGAGCAUACAAUGCUGAGGUUUCUCUCCCCAGCUAAGAAAAAUGAUGAGUGCAUUCCAUUGUAUUGUAUUGUAUCACCACACUGCCUCUUUAUUUGUAAUACCCUUGAAAACCCCAACCUUGUGUAAUAGCCGUGGAAAUACAACCCUUUGGCUAACUGUCAAGCCUUCUAUCUUUUUGUCCCUCACAGCUUGAAAUUAUGGUUUAACUCUGAUUGGUCAACAAACCCUUUUAGAGACAAGUCAGGCUGUGGUUUCUACCCAAAAGAAACAGCAAAAUGCUGGCUGGAAAAACAGUCCCAAGCAGAAAUUGCCCUGCAUUGAAAUUGCCCAAAGUAAGAAUGGCCUGCCUUGAGCAGGGAUAAAAGCCAUUGAGAGCCAUGUGGGAGAAGACUUUCUGUUGGGAUUGUGUUUUGCUGUUCAUUUUGUCCUUUAAACAGCCUUUCCUUUCACUUCACUCCGAUACUGGUCUUGAUUUAUUUCUUUUUGCCGAACCUUGAAUAUCUGAAGCGAAGAAAGUGGCCUCUGCAGUGCAUUUCUAUCUUCUUAUCACAUCUCUGCAUUUCUACUUAACUGUUCCACAUAAAUGUUAUGCGCAGAGCAAGAAGUCACUGUGGACUUAAAAUCUAAAGUUAGAUUUCAUUUCCAGCCUUGAGUAACUUAUCCCAUUCCCUUGGCUUUGUGAAAAGGAGGUCUUCAGUUAUGAGUGCUCCUUAGAUUAUUCAUAUUUUUUCCCCACAAAUGAAGCACAGAAGAAUGAAAUAUAACUUUAUGAGAAAAGUCAGGCAGAGGGGAGACCAGAAAAUGGAAGAUCAUCCAUGCACGAGGGAGGGAAUGAACAAGUGUACUGAAAGGAGAGUAAUGGAUAUUGAAGUGUCCUUGGCAAAACACCAAAAAAUGUCUCAAAAAGUUCCUAAGUGUGUAUUACGCCACAACAGAAGCCGGCAUUUGUAUAGGCAGCCAGAAAUACUCGGGUUUCUGUUAGGUUUUUCCGUACGAGUGAGUUUCUGUUUCCAUUAAUGCAGUUAAAGAUGCCCAUUUUGUGGACGGAGGGAGAUUUUGUUGGGGCUCAGUAUCUCCUAAACACUUAGUAUCUCUAUUCCAAUCAGACGCAGAUGAGAUUUAAAUCAAUAACUUUAAUUGGUAGAGCAAAGCCAUUGGGUGACAGGAAAAAGAAAUGUGCCACACAGUUGAAGUGCGUAGUUUGGUUUUAUAGUCAGAACUUUAUGAGCAUGCACAAAGUUCAGUCCCUUUAUUCUCUUUUAUCAAUUCUUCAGUAGCUUCCAUUCUCCCCCCCUUUCUCCCCCCCCUUCCUGCUGAGCUGUUUUUCCUUCAAGGCCCCAUCUUUUUCUUUGGUCCUCCCGAGAACCUUUUAGCUACUUUAAUCUAACUCAGUGGUUCUCACUUUGACCAGGGACCAGUCUCCAACAAGGGUUAUGAGUCAAUUUUUGGGCAUUUAGUUUGGUUAUUUGGGGUGCUGAUUCAAAAAAUAGCAUUGGCUAGACCACAUCAGCUAAUUUCUGAUACAGAACAUAUGUCACCCAGUAGUCGCCAUUUGCUCACCCACAGAAAACCAUAUUUAAUCAUCUAGAGCUGAUGUGGUCUAUCCAAUGUAAUUUUCUGAAUCAGCACCCCAAAUAACCCUAGGAACAGGCCUAAAAAUGGGAACACCAAGGUGCCCCUGCUUCCAGGCACCGCAUGGAAUGGCUCAGCUCAGGGGGAGGGAGGGGGAGGAGAAGCAGCAGUCAGGAGGCUUGCUGUUGCGCCUUUCAUAGGUAGUCAGCCUCUUCCCUCCCGACAUCCCCAUUGCCUCAGCACUAUAAGAGGGUUUUUUGAGACCAGUCGCUCUCGUUGCAAAGGUGUAGUAAUGGUGAGGCCGCGGACUAUAUUUUAGUUCUUGGAGAACACUGGUGAUCCAUGGACCACAGGUUGGGAACCACUGAUCUAAUUCAAUUGCCUAUCUAAGGCUCCUAUUGUGCUUUUGUUUUGACUAGAAAAGAGUUUCAGCUUUCUUUUUCAAGUCCUCCAUUUCCUCCUCCCUUCUGUCUCAAUCUUUUCUUUUUCCAACUUUCUUAAAACUUUAUUUUGCCCGUAAUUCUUUAUUUUUUUUCUAGCCCUAGCUCUAACAAUUUUCAAACUUACUCAAUCAUGGUAUAAGCUUAUUCUGGAAGGGUCUUUGAAAGCCAUCUGUGCUAACUCUGUUCUCCAUGAAAUAUGGAACCACAUAUGAACCCUCAGGACAAAUCUACAUGGCCAUAUAAUGCAGUUUGGAAUAGCAGAUGUUGGUUAUCACCAAAGAUUCACCUCUGGAAAUUAUCUCUUUGAAACUACCAUUACAGGUACUCAUGUUUUUCAUCGGAUAUCCUUAUUGGGACAUACCCAUCUCACAAUGGGUGAUUACGGUUUUCCUUCCAAUAAUGUAUUGUCAUUAAAGUUCCUUUGUGAGUGUUUAUCAUUCAGACAAGUAAGACAGAUUUAGAUACUACCAUGUAACUCUGAAGACAUCCAGUCUCAUCUGAUUUUGGAAUCUAAAUAGGGCUGGGCCUGGUUGGUACCUGGAAAGGAGACUAUCAGGAUAGACCAGGAAUCUCCAGGCAGGAAGCCAUGGUUGUUAGACAGAGCCGAUAGUACCGGUGUAGAGGGUCUCAGUAUAAGGCAAAUUCCUAAUUCUACAGCAAAUGUAACCAUCACCAUCCAAAAGACCAGAAAUGAUGGGGGAAGGGGAGAAACAGGAGACGCAUGGGGUGAAGGAACCCAAUCUUCAUUUAUAUUGUUUUGUGGAAUGGGCAAAAGUGUAAUGUACUGCUGGGCUUUGUUUUGUAAUUGCUUGCUGUAGGAAAAAUACAUAGUAAACAACAGUCUCCCCAACCUCUUGUCUCCUCCAACAACAUCUAGUCAUUACUCAGUAUUAAUGAUUUGCUUCUUUCCCAUUUGUCUAAAUCUGUUCCACCCACAAUGUGAUAUGCUAUCAUUUGAGUGCACUUUCAGUCGAAAUUACGACUCUCUCUUUUGCCUGUAAACAUGCUAUUUACUCCCUUGGUAUGCAGUACAGAAUAAAAAUGCUCUUGUUGAUAUACA